AUGACCGCGAACCCGCUCAAGCCAGUGGGCCGGUACCGACCUGGGAAAGCAGUCGCAGAAGAUCCCUCGUCAUCGGAAGAGGAAGAGGAAGGUGAUAUCGAGGCGCAAAAGGAACAAGAACGACUCCGACGAAUCGAGGCGCAGCGCAAAAGACAGCAAGCGCCCAAGGCAAGCUCAUUCCCCGUCGCCGCAGCUCGCAAAGCUCAGGAGGAGCCCGAGGAGGACGAAGAGGGUUUCGAGACUGAGGAUGACGAGGAUGAACCCGCGGCGGCAUCGAAAGCGAAGCCUGCGCAACCUGAGUCGGAUGCAUCAGAACCUACAGCACACAAGUCUGCUCUGGUAGCAGCCCCUGAAGAAAGCGAAGAAGAGAGCGAGGAGGAAAGCGAAGAAGAGGAAAGCAGCUCCGAGGACGAAGCGCCCCGGAGAAUGCUGAUACGGCCUACUUUUAUUAAGAAAGAUAAGAGAGGCAACGCCGCAGUGCAAGACGAAGCCCAAGCAGAGGCAGCCGAAGAGGAAGCGCGCCGCGCGCAACGACAAGAAAAAGCAGACCAACUUGUUCGCGACCAACUCGAAAAGGAAGCAAUUGCCCGUUCAGCCGGAAACCGAGCCUGGGACUACGACGAGCUAGUUGAAGCGGACGAAGAAGGCGAAAUCGACGACCGCGACGGCAUAGACCCCGACGCCGAGUACGCAGCCUGGAAGCUGCGUGAGCUAAAACGACUCAAGCGUGAGCGCGAAGCGAUUGAAGAAGCGGAGAAAGAGCACGAAGAGAUCGAGCGCCGUCGCAAUCUCACUGCAGAGGAACGAGACCGCGAAGAUCGCGAGUUCAUUGCGAAGCAGAAGGAAGAGCGCGAGGCGACCCGUGGUGAGACCGGGUUCAUGCAGCGAUACUUCCACAAGGGAGCGUUCUUCCGCGACGAUUUGGAGCGCGAGGGAUUGGAUCAGCGCAAUCUUAUGGGACGGCAGUUUGUGGAUGAGACAUCGCGUGAGACGUUGCCUGAGUAUAUGCAGAUUCGUGAUAUGACCAAGCUCGGCAAGAAGGGCCGGACUCGCUAUCGCGAUCUUAAGACGGAGGAUACGGGUCGAUUCGGCGACGGGUAUCAGACCCGGCGGCGUGAUAAUGCUCCUCCAGUUGGCAUUACGGAUGAGCGAUUCAUGCCUGACCGGAGGGAUGAUCAGCCUCAGGGUCCGACGGGAGCCAAUGCCAGUGCUGUUCAGCCUCGACGGAGAUCAAGGACUCGUUCUCCACGACGAGACCGUCGCGACCAGCGAAGUCGGUCUCGAGAGCGUCGGAAACGCAGCCCUUCCCCGUACGAAGAUAGGGACAAGCGCCGACGAGUGGACAGUUCAUGA